AUGGACCCACCAAAGAAAACACAACUCACGGGCAACUUGUGGAACCUGAUGCCAGACGCACCCGGCCAAGGCUCUUGCAAGGCGGCCCUCUCUCCGUUUGCCUUGCUCCCUGCGCCUGUCGCUGAAAGUGGCCCUGCAGCAGCCCGGCUCCUCUGUGCGCGCCCAAGAGGUCUCCGAUUUGAGGUAGUUCCAUCCUGGUUUAAAGAAACACUUGAGAAGUCAUCUUUUGCCGCCCCUUAUGAAUAUGCGAUAGAAACAGCAAAGCAGAAGGCCCUUGAAGUGGCAAAUAGAAUGCAUAUAAAACAUUUUAGAACUCCAGAUAUUGUUAUAGGAGCAGACACUAUUGUGACUUUGGGGAAACACAUUCUGGAGAAACCAGUUGAUAAACAAGAUGCAUAUAAGAUGUUAUCAAGGUUAAGUGGAAAGGAACACAGUGUCUUUACGGGAGUGGCCAUUGUUCACUGUAGCAGUAAAGAGACUCAUCUGGAAACUGAAGUCACUGAUUUCUAUGAAGAGACAAAAGUUAAAUUUGCUGAACUAUCUGAAGAGCUUUUAUGGGAAUAUAUUCAUAGUGGAGAGCCAAUGGACAAAGCUGGUGGUUAUGGAAUCCAGGCCCUUGGUGGAAUGUUAGUUGAAUAUGUUCAUGGAGACUUCCUGAACGUGGUGGGAUUUCCUCUGAAUCAUUUCUGCAAAAAGCUAGCAGAGUUGUAUUAUCCACCCCCCAAACAUACCAUACAUCAUGUAAAGCAUGACUCUAUCCCCUCUGUUGAGACUUUUGAGAACCUCAGCGAUGGAGAGAGUGACUCGUCAUAUCCCAGACAUCAUAAAAGUGCUAACACAUUAGAGAACAAGGGGAUAUCUCUUCCAGAAGCUAUUUAUACUUCAGUAAACAGUUGUAACAUCAAACCUGUUUACCCAGCAGCUGUGGAAAAUCUUGGUGGCAUGAUGGAAUAUCCAGCUACAUUCCCAUCAAAAAUUAUAGAACUUAUGGAUGGCUUCAAAGCUUCAAAGGCUUUGUUUGUGGCAUCUAAACUGAAAGUGUUUGAUCUUCUGAAAGAUAAAUGUGUACUGAAGGCUGCGGAUGUUGCCAAUAAGAUAGAAGCCUCUGUGUGUGGAACAGAAAGACUGCUUGAUGCUUGUGCUUCUCUUGGCUUACUGGAGAAAACCCAUCAAGGUUACAGUAAUACAGAAUCAGCAAACAUGUAUCUGGUGUCAGACACCGAAUAUUCACUUCAUGGUUACAUUAUCCACUGUAAUGACCGCCUUUGGCAUCACUUUACACACCUGGAGACUGCUGUCAAAGAGGGGACCAUGCAGGGCCAUCGGGGUUUUGGAAAGACAACCGAGGACUUGUUUCAGGAUUCCUGUUAUCACAGUGGAGAGGCAAAGCAGUGUUUUAUGACUGCCAUGUACAGCAUUUCCAAAUUGACAGCAAAAGAUGUGGCAAGAGCUUUUGACCUUUCUCAGUUUAAAUCUGCCUGUGAUUUGGGAGGUUGCACUGGAACUCUGGCCCAUGAACUAGCGCACAAAUACCCAAAUCUAAGCAUAACUGUGUUUGACCUUCCUGAUGUCAUUGCAAAUGUCUCCUGUUUUCAGCCUCCAGGAGAGCACACCACUCCAGUGAAGUUCACAGCAGGUGACUUUUUCAAAGAUAAUCUUCCAGAAGCAGAUCUUUACAUCCUCUCUCUAAUUCUACAUGACUGCAGUGAUGAAAAGAUUCACAUACUGUUAAGCAAAAUAUCAGCUAUUUGCAAACCAGGCAGUGCCUUGCUAGUGGCAGAAAUUGUCCUUGAUGAAGAGAAGACACACCCUCAUAGAGCAGUAUUACAGUCCCUCAGUAUGACUGAAGGCAAUCAGAGAAGUGGCUCAGAGUAUAAGCAGCUACUGGAGAAAUAUGGAUUCACCAAUGUGCAAAUUAAGAUCACUGGAAACAUCUUAGAUGUGAUUUUAGGCUUCAAGAGAACCUCUGCACAUUAAUUUGCACUGCAAGCUGAAAUGGUAUUGGAUGAUGGGAAGAAAAGGAAAGAGCUCAAGUUUGCUGCAGCCCUUGAACAUGCUUGAUCAGACAGAGGGAAAGGAGAGGAGUGGCUCUGAAUAUAGACUGGAACAUCAUUGCUUCACAAAUACAGAAAUUGAAAACUGAUAGAAAAUGUUAGAUGUCUUCUGACUAAGAACUAAACAAAUGUUACUUGGUAAUAAAAAUUAGAAUACAACAGCAAUCACAUCUGAUGGUUUUUA